GCGAAUUUCCAUUUGUACAUUUUCGAUAAUGCGAUGAGAAAUUCCAGUUCCAACUUAUAGCCAAUGGCCUCCAACACCUCCCGAUCUACUACGAGGCUUGCUCGUCAAGCUAUAAGAUCCUGUUCGAAGCAGUCUACGGCGUCAUCCUACCGCCCCGCCGUAUCUUUCUCGACUUCGACAGCCCGCUUGACAGAAAAUGUAGAAAAUGUAGAGCAACAACAACAACAACGACAACGCCCACGAUGGUCGUAUACGCCCGAGAGGAUGAAGGCGCCCUUCUCGCCUCAUAUCACAAAGGACCCUAGUCGAAGGAUUUGGAAGGUUAAUUCGAGCCCAGAGAAGCUAGACGAAGCCUUACAGAGAUUUUUGGGACACGAGGGAAGUCGCAUGUUGUCGGAUGAGUUGAAGUGGUUGGCGGUAACACAUAAGAGCUUCGAUCAAGGACGAAGAGGUUUCAACGAUCGCCUAGCCUUUCUGGGCCGCCAAAUAUGUGUAUUCGAAUGCACACAGACCAUUAUCAGCAGCCCCUCUAGCUACAAGGGGCCAGAGAACGAUCCUUUCGCGGAUAGGCGGGAACCGUUCGACGAUCCCGCUCUACGCGGAAUCGACAACCUUUUCGAGAUACAACCAAGUGACGUAUUCGAUUACAAAAAGCUAGCUAGGUUAGCUAUAGACACCGGAUUAACAGAAGUAGUGAGGUGGAAACCGAGAAUGCCGGAUAAUAUUAAGGGAUCCGGAUUCGACCCUAUUAUGGCCGGUGCCAUCUAUGCUAUUGUUGGCGCCAUCGCGCUGCAGCGGGGAGGCAAGAUAGCCAGCCGGAUCGUGAGGGAGCGGAUAAUGAGCAAGCUCCGGUCAUGAACAACCCCGGGAAUGUAAAUUCAGUGUACAAAUAUCACGUACAAUGUAUAAAGAAAUAAAAAACAAAAACAUACCUAACAUAUCACAGUCGAUGUAUAACCUGGUGAUACCCCAUAGAUGAAUUCAUAUUCAACUCUUCACCUCAUUUACUGAAACCUUUCGAU